GAGCCGCCGCCCAGCCCCUCUACGCUGCGCCUCCCGCGGGGCAAAUCCGGACCCCCGAGGCGGGAACCGAGGAGCUCGGCCCACACCCCUAGCUAGGGUACCUGGGAUGGUAGAGCGCGCUGGGGAGGAGGCGCGGAGGCAGAUACAGGCAAGGAGUAAAUCUUGCUGAGCUUGUGAGAGUGAAAGAACUGGCCCCUCAGCUGGGAUCACUCAGAACCUCGAGGCUCCCACACACUAAAAUACCUGCAAGCUUAACCAUGGCAGCCCAGAAUGGAAACACCAGUUUUGCACCCAACUUCAACCUACCCCAAGACCAUGCCUCCCUCCCCUUCAACUUCAGUUACAGUGAUUAUGACCUUCCUCUGGAUGAGAAUGAGGACAUGACCAAGACUCGAACCUUCUUUGCAGCCAAGAUCGUCAUUGGUGUGGCACUGGCCGGCAUCAUGCUAGUGUGUGGUAUUGGCAAUUUUGUCUUUAUUGCUGCCCUUGCCCGCUAUAAGAAGCUCCGCAACCUCACUAACCUGCUCAUCGCUAACCUGGCCAUCUCUGACUUCCUGGUGGCCAUCGUGUGCUGCCCCUUUGAGAUGGACUACUACGUGGUGCGCCAGCUGUCUUGGGAACACGGCCAUGUGCUGUGUGCCUCGGUCAACUACCUGCGUACUGUCUCACUCUAUGUCUCCACCAAUGCCCUGCUGGCCAUUGCUAUUGACAGGUACCUGGCUAUCGUUCACCCCUUGAAGCCACGCAUGAAUUACCAAACCGCCUCCUUCCUGAUCGCCUUGGUCUGGAUGGUGUCCAUUCUCAUCGCCAUCCCCUCAGCCUACUUCACAACCGAAACGGUCCUCUUUAUUGUCAAAAGCCAGGAGAAGAUCUUCUGCGGCCAGAUCUGGCCGGUGGACCAGCAGCUCUAUUAUAAGUCCUACUUCCUCUUCAUCUUCGGCGUGGAGUUCGUGGGCCCGGUGGUCACCAUGACCCUGUGCUACGCCAGGAUCUCCCGGGAGCUCUGGUUCAAGACGGUCCCUGGUUUCCAGACCGAGCAGAUUCGCAAGCGGCUGCGCUGCCGCCGGAAGACGGUGCUGGUGCUCAUGUGCAUCCUCACCGCCUACGUGCUGUGCUGGGCCCCCUUCUAUGGAUUCACCAUCGUGCGCGACUUCUUUCCCACCGUGUUCGUGAAGGAGAAGCACUACCUCACCGCUUUCUACGUGGUGGAGUGCAUCGCCAUGAGCAACAGCAUGAUCAACACCGUGUGCUUUGUCACAGUCAAGAACAACACCAUGAAGUACUUCAAGAAGAUGAUGCGGCUCCACUGGCGACCCUCCCAGCAUGGGAGCAAGUCCAGCGCUGACCUUGACCUCAAAACCAGUGGUGUGCAGGCCACGGAAGAGGUAGACUGUAUCCGGUUGAAGUGAGCCGCUGAGUUUCACAAUUGAAAAAUCAGAAGAUGUACUCAGAGCAGAAGUCACCAAUAACCAAGUUCUCCAGCUGCGUGGGGGAGGGACAGCUGUGUUCAGUCCUCAAAGACCUGGAUACCUGUUGGUCAUUACAUGCCAUGUGAAGAGACACAGUCCACCGCAGCUGACGUUUGCUGAUAGUUGCUCAGCACCUAUUGUGUGCACCAGGCACCAAUGAGAUUAGACCAAUUUAUAGCAACUGACAAUUGACUGAACACCUACUGUGUGUGCACAACACAGAUUAGAUUAGAGAAGGGCAGCAAGAGCUGAUAUUUACUGAUUCCCUUCUGUGUACAUAAAUAUUUAAAUAACAACAAAAUGGCAGAAACUAUUGAAGUCACCAAGCUCUAUCCAGGUAUAUGGACGGCUUCACAGAGCCCACAAAUGACCAGACUCACUCUUCAUCUUCCCUUACUCUGCAUAUCAUCAGAUGGAAUGUCAGAAGGCUAGAGAAUAAGACACUUAGACAUGAUAGAAAUGUUAGGAUAAGGUGGUCAGAAUAUGGGGUUUACAGUGUCAUGGAAAAAGAGUCCUUAACACUACAUUGAACCUUCCCAUCCAAUGCCUACCUUUCUAGGAUAUUUUCUAGGAUUCUGCAAGGAAAGAAUUUGUCUCUUACCCAAGUCAGUGUUUAUCCGUAAUGGUAUGAUUUCAAAAGAAAGAACCAAGAAAUCUCUUUGCACUGAUGUUUGAUGUUUAUCAUUUUGGUUGGGGGAGACAGGGAGUCCUGAAAUAAGGAAAGCAUGAAGUUCCUGGCAUCUUAGUGUAAAGGAUUUCAGGGUCUCUAGUGUCAGGAAGGGGGGAAGGGCCAGUGAAAGAGAUGAUGCUUGCCAUUGGCAAUGAACAUAAUCUAAAUGGACAUUUUGCUAAGAUCAUGACCCCUUUUCUAAAACACCUCCUUGUUUUAAAGAAUGAGCUCUACUAGAAUCCAAAGACCUGAGUUCAAAUCCUAAGACUCGUGUGACCUUGAUAUUUACUAUUUUUGCAUCUGUUUUUCAGUGAAAUAGGAAUGAUGACAAUAUCAUCUCUGCCUAAUUUAUAGAACUAAUGAAGUCAAAGUUUGUGCAAGUGCUUUUCAACAAGUGAUAAGACUGGAUAAGUGAUACCGAGCAAUUUGUUUGGAUAAGGAAAUCCACCCACUGGGGCUAAUUAUGAGAACUACUUUUUAUCCCUAUUCUUUGGACCAGAGGCCCCGGAACUCUUCACCGUGCAGCCUAUCUAAACUGGGAGGGUGGGGAGGCAGGAAUCACUGCUCUCCAUCAUUAUCAGGAAGAUUAACCCCAGCAUCUCAGUGACCUCUGGGCUCUGAGCAUCCCCAUGGUUAGAAGUGUUGAAAACCUUCCUUGCAUGUUUCCAAACAGCACACCCCAGGACUGCAUACUUCUGUUUGUAUUAUAUAGUUGAUGAUUUGUGUACUUGUCCUCAUUUCCUCCUGUUUGGUUUUAAAGCAAAGACUAUAUAAAUGGUUCCUGGUUUGGAAUUGACCCAAAUGACCCCCAUUUAGACAAGUAGUUUCCUAUAGAGAUUUAGUUGUUUGCUUAUGUGUGGGUUUUUUUUUUUUUUUUAAUUAUUGGCUUGUUUGUCCAUCAGUGAAGCUUCAACCAACAUUUUCUUCCAUCACCACCCAGCAGACUCACCUCCAACUCCAUUUACCCUCAGCAAAUACACACUCUACUAUUAGCCUAAGCCAAAUGACAUCAAUUCUGAUUUUACCAAACUGCACAAUGCAUUCUAAAACCAAGCUAGUAAGUAUUGGAGGUUAUCUGCAUUUUUGCAAUUGUUAGUAUUUUUAUUUAUUAUCCUCUGACAGUUCUCCUAGUAAGAAGAUUCUUUAAAGAUAGAUCGUUGUGCAACUGUUUGUGUCAAAAGUACAUGGAGCUGUUCAGAAGCGAGGGGUGCCAAGUGCGAAAACAGAUUGUGAGGAGAGAGUACCCAGGCCCCAGGUCUCUUUUCUUUUUAUCCUAAAAUGCACCAUCUUUCCUUCAUCUCAACUGAACUGAAACACAUUUUGUAAAUAUCAGUGUGUAUUUGUGAUUUUCUAGUGAAUAGAAGGUGUUAUGUGUUGUUAAAGGAAAUAAUUAACAUAUGGAAUCUUAGCCAGAGUGUUUAAGUGUUUUCCCUGCUAAUCUUUUACAUAUGUGAGUGUAUUUAGAUAUAAGUGAAGUGAUAGCCAUCUAAGCAGUUCAAACUUGAAACAGAGAAGGAACUUGUUGAAGACAUUUUUAGAGCACUGGCAGCUCAUGCCAGCAACCAGGCUCAUCUUUGUUUAUAUCCCUCACGCUAACAACCCAGAAGUGUAUCCUUGCAUGCAAAUAAGCAGAGGACCAUUGUCUUUGCCCAUGUUACCCCUGUGUUCAGAUCAUCUUGUUUGUUUAAUGAAAACUUUGCAUGGAGACUAUUAAU